GCCCAUGCGUAACAAGUCCUUUUUCGCCUCUCCCUCUUCUGGCGGGCACUCGAAACCGCCGGGCCUGAAGCGGGCGCUCUUCCAGCCUGGAGAAGGCUGCGGGACUUAAUCCGUGGCGCCUCGCCAGCUACAGGACGACGCGGGCUCCUGAGCGGCAGAGCAGCGCAUCAUGCAGGAUCCCAAUGAAGAUACAGAAUGGAAUGACAUUUUAAGAGAUUUCGGCAUUCUUCCUCCUAAAGAAGAGUCAAAAGACGAAAUUGAAGAAAUGGUUUUACGUUUACAGAAAGAAGCAAUGGUGAAACCAUUUGAAAAGAUGACUCUUGCACAGCUGAAGGAGGCUGAAGAUGAAUUUGAUGAAGAAGAUAUGCAAGCUAUUGAAACAUAUAGAAAGAAGCGGUUACAGGAAUGGAAAGCUCUUAAGAAAAAACAAAAAUUUGGAGAAUUAAGAGAAAUUUCUGGAAAUCAGUAUGUGAAUGAAGUCACAAAUGCAGAAAAAGAUGUGUGGGUUAUAAUUCAUCUAUACAGAUCAAGCAUCCCAAUGUGUUUGUUGGUUAACCAGCAUCUUAGUCUUCUAGCAAGAAAGUUUCCAGAAACUAAAUUUGUUAAAGCCAUCGUGAAUAGCUGUAUUCAACAUUACCAUGACAAUUGUUUACCAACAAUUUUUGUUUAUAAAAAUGGUCAGAUAGAAGCCAAAUUCAUUGGAAUUAUAGAAUGUGGAGGGAUAAAUCUCAAGCUGGAAGACGGAGUCUUGCACUGUUGCCCGGACUGGAGUGCAAUGGCGCAAUCUUGAUCUCGGCCCACUACAACCUCUGCCUCCCGGGUUCAAGUGAUUCUCCUGCCUCAGCCUCCUGAGUAGCUGGGAUUACAGGUGCCUGCCACCACGCCCAGCUAAUUUUUUUUUUUUUUUUUUGUAUUUUUAGUAGAGAUGGAGUUUCACGAUGUUGACCAGGCUGGUCUCGAACUCCUUACCUCAGGUGAUCUGCCCGCCUCAGCCUUUCAAAGUGCUGCGAUUACAGGUGUGAGCCACCAUGCUUGGCCAACUUGUUUAAUUUUAUAGGCUCACAGCUGGAGGGAAAUGUGCCUUACUAUGAAUUGUGUCUUGAGUCUUACCUAUAUCUGAUUUAGAUGAGACUCUGGACCUUUGAGUUGAUGUUGGAACAAGUUGAGACUUUGGGGGCUACUGGGAUAGAAUGAAUGUCUUUUGCACGUGAGAAGACAUGAAUUUUGAAGGCUGGGGUGGAAUGGUAUGAUUUGAAUGUGUCCCCCAAAAUUAGUAAUCCCCAGUAAAACAGUGUUGAGAAGUGGGACCUUAAGAGGUGAUUAGGUCAUGAGGUCUCUGCCCUUAUGAAUGGAUUAAUGUCAUUAUUGCAGAAGUGGGGUUGUUGUCAUGAGAAUGGGUUUGUUUUAAAAGUGAGUUCAGUCCUCUCUUGCUCUCUCUCACUCACCUUCCCUAACUCACUUGAAUUCUGCCAUGGGAUAACCUCAGCAAGAAGGCCCUCACCUGAUGCAGGCCCCUCAACCUUGUACUUCCCAGCCUCCAGAAGUAUAAGAAAUAAAUCUCUGUUCUUUAAAAAUUA